ACAGAAUUUUAGGUAGCGGCAGAGUGUUGACGGCUUGAGGUUUUCCAAUAGGGCAGAGGGCUCGAGGUCAGCAUGGGCGGGCGGGAAGUGACGGGGAUUCUGAGGGGGUUCGAUCAGCUCAUCAAUCUGGUACUGGACGAGAGCAAGGAGACUCUCCGAGACCCCCUGGAUCCGUACCGUCUCACAGACGAGACCAGGGAGCUCGGAUUGGUCAUCUGUCGCGGCACGCAGGUAUCCUUGAUCAGUCCUGUGGAAGGGACGGAAGAGAUAGCAAACCCUUUUAUCCAAGCGGAGGACGAGGCAUGAAAAUGGGAGGUGGUGGCAGCCAGGGACCAGGAGAUUGAGGAAGUGAGAAUGCUCAUUGUAAAUGCCUCGUUCGGAAAAAAGAACACAGCAAUCGAGUGAUAGA